AUGGGACAUUCCAUCAUCAAAUUACGACUACCACCCAAGUCGACAACAAUUCCAACGCCCCACGUGCACACAACAGCUAAGCCGCGUCGGAAACAGCAAUCCGGCCACAAUAAGGGACUGAACGAAGUGGUGCGUGCUAAAGAAACCCAUUUCUCAAAUCAAAUUCGGCAAGGGACUGGCGAUUUUGGCGGUGGGAUUGGUGUAUCCCCGAACACCAGUAGCGGCAAUGCUGAGGGUAGCGCGCCGAGUGGAAACAUUAACGGCAUGAUUAACGGAGCGGAAGUGUUCACUCAAAAGCCUGCACGUAAUGACCAUGAAAAGUUCCCUGGUACGGUACCGUCGCUACAUCCUCCCUGGAUCUUUUCUAAUAAGGGAUCGCAACUGGUUUUCAACUUUAUGAAAUCAACAAAUGCCUUCAUAUUUUUUUUCUUUUUAUCAAUUUUGCCUAGCUAUAUUUAAGCUUGCUUAAAAUCGUCGAAGCUCUAGUAAAGAUUUCAAUCAAGCUUUACUAUUAGUAUCUUAUAUUGAACCUUCACAUAUAAUAAUCAUUAGGUUUUGUUGCAAAACUGCCGAUUGCUUCCACUAAUAUUAAUAUGUACCAAUAUAUUUGAAAUGGAAAUAGAAAUGAUGAAUGUGCAAUAGUAAGUAU